CAAAAGAAAACAAACCCCCACCAUUCUACCCUCUCUCUUUCUCAGUUCCUCGAUUCCCCCUUUCUCUCUUCCAAGAUGGUCUUCGCCGCGGCCGCGGCCUCUGCUUCUCCCGGUAACGCCGCCGCCGCCGGCCGCUACCGGCAGCACCCACCAUACAAGGAGAUGAUUCUGAACGCGAUCGGGACGCUGAAAGAGAGGGGAGGGUCGAGCCGGCGAGCCAUAUCGAAGUUCAUCGGAGACACCUACUCCGACCUGCCGCCGACCCACGCCGCCCUCCUCGGCCACCACCUCCGCCGCCUCAAGAACAAGGGAGUUCUCCACAUGGUAAAGAACUCCUACAAGAUCUCCAUCACCGUCAAGCCUGUGAAUCCGGAGGCUAGCCCCGCACCCGGCCCGAGACCCCGCGGCCGGCCCCGAAAAAAUCUCCCCGCCCCUCCGCCUAAGGUGAAGUCCAGGUCCAAGCCCAACGCCGCGCCGGCGCCCGCGAAGAGGAAGCCGGGCCGGCCACCGAAGAUGGCCAAGGUGGCGCCGCCGCCGACGGGUGAGAAGAAGAAGCGCGGUCGGCCGCCCAAGUCGGCCGUGCCAUCCGUCGUGCCCAAACGCUCGAAGGUCGUCAAAGCGCCCGCAGCUGCUCCGGAUGGGAAAAGGAAGCCUGGUCGGCCACGCAAGAACACGACGGUGGUGGCUGCUGUGCCGAAUGUCAAUGCCGCUCCAUCUGGUGAGACGCAGAAGAGGGGUCGGGGUCGGCCAAAGAAGGCGGCAGCGCCACCCUUGCCGAAGCCGGCCAAGAAGUCUCAAGAGAAGGCAGCGGGGGCAGACGAGGCAGCGGUGCCUGUUGUCAAAAGACGUGGCCGGCCUCCGAAGAAGGUUAAUGUGGCUGCUGUAGUGGAGCAGGGGAGUGAGCAAGUGGCAACGGGGGAGACACAAGAGAGUGCCCCUGAAGCGUGAGUGCUUUA